GAUGGCUCAAUGAUCAAUUAUGCAAAAUGCGUUUUAGAAUUGGGCUUUUCUGUCGUAAUAUUAAAUCCUAAUGAGGUAUCUUGGUAUAAGGGGAAAGGUGUGCUUAUUUUGCUGAAGACUACUUCACCAUUCAACACAAUUCCAG